GGUAUCUGGGCUAGGGAAGAGCACUUGCCUGCCAUACUAGCAUGUCGGGAGUUAGUAUUGAAAGCCGUCUAUUCUCGAUCUAGGAAGUCCGCACACUCUAUCGCGGCUGCUGUGGCUCACGAUCUCUACAUACAUACGGACGAAGACAAUAACGGGUUCGACAAACUACUCGAAAGGUCUGAUGUCCACGCCGUGCUCAUUUCCUUGCCAAUAAAAAACCAGGCGGAGUAUAUCCGCCAAGCACUCAUAGCAGGCAAGCACGUUUUGUCUGAAAAGCCCGUCUGCGAGAAUGUCAAGGAUGCCGUUGAUCUCAUCGGUUGGUAUCGCACUGAGGUGAGGGGCCCAUCGUGGUGCGUUGCUGAGAAUUGGCGUUUCCUUGAGAGCUACAAGUACGCAGCAAAUCAGUUGGAGUCACUUGGAAGAAUUCGAGCGUUUCACGGGAAACAGCAUUCCCUAGUUCAACCAGAUGGAAAGUUUCACCAAACCCAAUGGCGAAAAGAACCCACUCACCAAGGCGGAUUCUUACUCGACGGAGGUGUCCAUUACAUGGCUGGUAUUCGUCAACUCUUAUCCGUUCAGCCUGGUAACCAAGUGAGCCAAGUCACUGCUUUCACAACUAUGUUACAAGGCUAUCUUCCACCAGUUGAUACUGCGCAUGCCCUAUUUAAAACAGUGUCUGGUGCAGUAGGCACGUUCCAGCUCUCAGUGGGAAGUACUACCGUUGCCGACGAGUGGCUAGUCGAAUGUGAGCACGGCUGGAUUAGGAUCAAUGGUCACGGAGGCGGCUCUGAGGUUACAGUAUCAAAGCAUGGCGAAGUGUUUCAGAAGACUAUCCCAAACGAAAGAACAGGAGUACCUCCAGAAAUUCGCGCUUGGGGGCAGGCACUUGUCCAGGGCAAAGUUCUCAAGGAACAGGAGCCUGAAGCUGCUCUCGCUGAUCUGGAACUGGUAAGUCAUAAAGCAUGA